UUCUGAAUGAUUUUUUUUAUAAAAUUCCUUUUCGACUUUUAUGCCUCUUUGGUUGCUGAUAACUCUGGUCCUCUCACAUAUUCUUAUUACUGUCUUUGCUUGUUUGGCAGCUGUUCUGUUAUAUUUCCUGCUUCGUAACAAACAAAGGCAAUACAUUGCAGCGAGAAAACAGGCAAAGGCAAUAGUUGAUGAAUAUGAGAAGCUGGAGACAAACCGGAGACAGAUUUCUGCCAGUUUAGACAAAGAAACGUGGAAUCAACGUCAGAAGAUGAAGUCUCUUCAAGAAGAAGUUCUCAAGUUGCAGAACAGUAUUCUGUCUGUUAGAAAGGAGAAAGAAGAACUAGAGUUGCGCUGCAAGGAAAUAUCACAUACUCGAGACUUGCUAAACAAGAAGUUGGAAGCGCUGCAAAAUAAUUCUUCAGGAGUCUUGAAAGAUAUACCUAGUGGGAAAAUCGAUGCUGAAUCUGUGGUUUUAGAACAGUCCACGCAGACCACACGGUCAACAGCUUCAAAUCCUCCUGCCGACUCAACUCAACCCGUUUUUACUUCUGAUUUGGUCAGGAAAAAUAUUUUUGCCUCUACAGACGACGGUACGGAUAAAGUGCCAGAAGAAGAUUUCGAUGAUUCUGAGUGUGAGUACGAUUUUAUCCUCAAAGAUAGCAGCGCUACGAAAAGCGACAUAAGUGAUGGAGAAAAUGGAUAACAAAGAAUCGUUAGGAUUCAUUUUUGAAACUUUCAUAAAUAACGACACCUUGAAAAAUGCACAUAAAAGACCAUAUACCUUAAACUCUAAAGGAUUAAAUUU